GUAAUAUUUAGCGUAGCAGAGGCCCAGCGGAAGGAAGCGGUCCCACCGUGGAGGACAGCAUUAGUGAAUGAACGAACUAAUACAGGUGUUUAAAGCGACGUUAUCAACAAAGAAACAGACAACAGAAACGUCAGCCUCAGCAAAAAUCCCUGCCCCUGUCCUCCUGUGGAGAGGUGUGUUUCUGCCUAAAUGAGGGGAAGCAUCAGGUGUUGAAACAGAGAACACUGAUCAUGAAGCCCAGAUUGAGUUUUGUCUGCCUAUCCAGAAAGUCUCACAUAUUAUCUUGAACCGGUGAAGGAGAGGAUAAUGAUAUGAGAUAAAGUGGACGACUGGAGGAGCCCAGUCCUCUUUGAAGCAUGGCAGGCCUACAGCUUGUCACCCCUGCCACUUCACCCAUGGGGCCUUUCUUUGGUCUGCCGUGGCAGCAGGAGGCGAUCCACGAUAACAUCUACACGCCUAGGAAAUAUCAGGUAGAACUUCUUGAAGCAGCUCUUGAACAUAAUACUAUUGUCUGCUUGAAUUCUGGCUCAGGGAAGACCUUUAUAGCAGUACUUCUAACAAAAGAGCUCUCCCACCAAAUCCGGGGAAGUUACCAAGAAAAUGCCAAGAGGACGGUUUUUCUGGUGAACUCAGCUCUGUCUGUAGCUCAGCAGGCAGCUGCAGUCCGGACUCACUCAGACCUCCAGGUAGGAGAGUACACAGAUCUGGAGGAGACCUCAGCAUGGCCCGAUCAACAGUGGAGUCAGGAGAUAAUGGAGAAUCAGGUGCUGGUCAUGACUUGCCACAUAUUCCUGCACGUUCUAAGGAACAGAAUCUUAGAGUUGUCUAAAAUCAACCUGGUGGUGUUUGAUGACUGUCACCUGGCCAUCAUAGACCACCCAUACUGUGACAUCAUGAAGCUGUUUGAGGGCUGCUCAGGUAGCUUUCGUAUCCUUGGCCUAACAGCUUCCAUUCUGAAUGGGAAGUGUGACCCGUCAGAGCUGGAGCACAAGAUCCAGAACUUGGAGAGGAUCCUGAAGAGCAAUGCUGAAACUGCCACUGACCUGGUCGUCCUGGACAGGUAUGCCUCUCAGCCCAGAGAGGUGGUUCUGGACUGUGGUCCCUAUGUGGACAAGAGUGGCCUCUCCUCUCGAUUGCAGAAGGAACUGGAUGAAGCUCUCCACUUCCUGAAUGAUUGCAACAUGCCUGUCUGUAGGGAGGACCGUGACCCCACCUUCAUCUCUAAACAGGUGCUGAGUGACUGCCGGGCCGUGCUGCAGGUUCUGGGGCCGUGGUGUGCUGACAAGGCGGCGGGCAUCAUGGUGCGAGAGCUUCAAAAGUACAUCAAACACGAACAGGAGGAGCUGAACCGCAAGUUUCUGCUCUUCACCGACACCAUCCUGCGCAAAGUGCACGCGCUUUGUGAGGAGCACUUCUCCCCCGCCUCCCUCGACCUCAAGUUCGUCACCCCCAAAGUCUUGCGGCUGCUGGAGAUCUUGCAUGAGUACAAACCCUUCGAGCGGCAGCAGUUUGAGAGCGUGGAGUGGUACAACAACCGCAACCAGGACAACUACGUGUCCUGGAGCGACUCGGAGGAUGAGGACGAGGAUGAGGAGGUGGAAGCUAAAGAGAGGCCUGAAGCUAACUUCCCCUCACCCUUUACUAAUAUCCUGUGUGGGAUCAUCUUUGUGGAGAGGAGAUACACCGCUGUCGUCCUGAACCGGCUCAUCAAAGAGGCAGGGAAACAGGACCCGGAGCUGGCCUACAUCAGCAGCAACUUCAUCACUGGCCACAGCAUCGGCAAAAACCAGCCGAGAAACAAACAGAUGGAGGUUGAAUUCAGGAAACAAGAGGAGGUGCUCCGCAAAUUUCGUGCUCAUGAAACCAACCUGCUGAUCGCCACCAGCAUUGUGGAGGAGGGUGUGGACAUCCCAAAGUGUAACCUGGUGGUGCGCUUCGAUCUGCCCACAGAAUACAGAUCUUAUGUCCAGUCCAAAGGCCGAGCUCGAGCCCCUGUCUCCAACUACAUCAUGCUGGCUGACAGCGAGAGGACCAAAGCCUUCGAGGACGAUCUCACUACCUACAAGGCCAUAGAGAAGAUCUUAAGGAACAAGUGCUCCAAGUCAGUGGAGGUCAGUGACUUUGAGGUGGAGCAGGUUCUGGACGAUGACAACAUCCUCCCUCCCUAUGUGCUUCGCCCGGAGGAUGGAGGUCCGCGGGUCACUAUCAACACAGCCAUUGGACACAUCAACAGGUAUUGUGCUCGGCUGCCCAGUGACCCGUUCACACACUUGGCACCUAAAUGUAGAACUGUGGAGAUGCAGGACGGACGCUUCCAGUCCACACUCUACCUGCCCAUCAACUCCCCGCUCAGAGUCCCAGUUAAGGGUCCUAUCAUGAACUGUGCCAGACUGGCAGAGAAAGCUGUUGCACUACUAUGCUGUGAGAAACUCCACAAAAUAGGUGAGCUGGAUGAUCACCUGAUGCCGGUGGGGAAGGAGACGGUAAAGUACGAGGAGGAGCUGGACCUUCAUGACGAGGAAGAGACCAGCGUACCAGGCCGACCUGGCUCUACCAAGAGGAGGCAGUGCUACCCUAAAGCCAUACCAGAGUGUCUGCGGGACAGUUACGCCGUCCCAGAGCAGACGUACUACCUAUAUGUGAUCGGGAUGGUCCUCACCACACCUCUCCCUGACGAGCUCAACUUCCGCAGGAGGAAGCUCUACCCACCUGAGGACACCACCAGGUGCUUCGGCAUCCUGACUGCCAAACCCAUACCUCGAAUCCCACAUUUCCCCGUGUACACUCGCUCGGGUGAGGUGACCAUCUCCAUCGAGCUGCUAAAAUCCGGCUUCUCUCUCACCACCUCCCAACUCGACCUCAUUACCCGCCUGCACCAGUAUAUCUUCUCCCACAUCCUCCGCUUGGAGAAACCUGCACUGGAGUUCAAGCCCACAAUGGCUGAUUCAGCGUACUGCGUUCUACCUCUGAAUGUUGUUGGGGACACCAACACACUUGAUAUGGACUUUAAGUUCAUGGAGGACAUUGAGAAGUCUGAGGCACGCACUGGCAUUCCUAACACUCAGUACACCAAGCAGAACCCCUUCACCUUCAAACUGGAGGACUACCAGGAUGCUGUCAUCAUUCCAAGGUAUCGUAACUUCGACCAGCCUCACCGCUUUUACGUUGCUGACGUGUACACAGACUUGACGCCGCUCAGCAAGUUCCCGUCACCGGAGUACGAGACGUUUGCUGAGUACUACAAAACCAAGUACAACCUGGACCUGUCGAACCUGAACCAGCCUCUUCUGGAUGUGGACCACACCUCCUCUAGAUUGAACCUUUUGACCCCACGCCACCUGAACCAGAAGGGUAAAGCUCUGCCGCUCAGCAGUGCAGAGAAGAGGAAAGCCAAGUGGGAGAGUCUGCAGAACAAACAGAUUCUGGUUCCAGAGCUGUGUGCCAUCCAUCCAAUCCCAGCCUCUCUGUGGAGGAAAGCAGUGUGUCUACCCAGCAUCCUCUACCGCCUUCACUGCCUCCUGACAGCUGAGGAGCUCAGAGCUCAGACUGCUACUGAAGCUGGAGUCGGAGCCCAGACCCUCCCCCCUGACUUCAGGUAUCCAAACUUGGACUUUGGCUGGAAGAGAUCCAUCGACAGUAAAACCUUCAUCACAUGCUCCGAGUCCUGUGGGGAGGAUGACGAGGGUCCCUGCACACACCAAGAGACUCUAACCGCUGACCCCGACCCCCUCACACAACCCAACAGCCACCACUCUUCUCCCUCCAAACCUGGGGAGACCCCCUGCACCAGGAACCUAACCAACGGCACUGCCCAGGUCGCCAACUGUGACGACAGCGGCCACCAACCCAAGCACCUUCACCAACGUGACGAUCGCCAAUGCUCGCAGCCCGGUGGCCCCGAGCUGCAGAGCCCCGAAUCAAUACAAAGCUCUACCUCAGUCUGUGUGCAGCCCUGUCCCAGCUCUAGUCCUCAGCAGCCCAGUCAUGAAUGUACAGACCACAGAAAUAAAGCUACCUCAGUCUGCAGCGGGGCAGCCCACCUCCCUGCUGCCCCCCAGCACAGAGCCGAGGCGGGGGACUCCCCCAAAAGCCUGGGGCCGAACCCGGGCCUUAUCCUGCAGGCCCUGACCCUAUCCAACGCCAGCGACGGCUUCAACCUGGAGAGGCUGGAAAUGCUGGGAGACUCUUUCCUUAAACAUGCCAUCACCACGUAUCUGUUCUGCACCUACCCUGACGCUCAUGAGGGACGACUCAGCUACAUGAGGAGCAAGAAGGUGAGUAACUGUAACCUGUACCGUCUGGGGAAGAAGAAAGGUCUCCCCAGCAGGAUGGUGGUGUCCAUCUUUGACCCCCCAGUCAACUGGCUGCCUCCCGGAUACGUGGUCAACCAGGACAAGAGCAGCACGGACAAACUGGACUCAGAGGAGGCCAAAGAGGAGCUUCUAGCCAACGGGCGCUCUGGAAACGAAUACGAUGAAGAGGAUGAGGAGGAGGUCGAGGAGGUGGCCGAUGAGGCUGAGUUGAUGCUGAAGGACGAGCCCAAGGAUGAAGUGAACAUGGAGGAUGACCUGGAGUACUACAAGGAGCACAUCAAGUUUAUUGACAACAUGCUCCUGGGAUCUGGAGCCUUUGGGAAGAAGAUCUCUCUGAGCGGCUUCCCUCCCCCUCUCAGCCCUGCCUCUGCACCUUCAUACGAGUGGAAGACGCCCAAGAAGCCCCUCCAUCCCACCACGGCCCACUUCCCCUCUGAGCCGGCGCCCAGUGGACCCCCUGCUGACGAGUUUGACUAUAGCUCCUGGGACGCCAUGUGCUACCUGGACCCCAGUAAGGCUGGAGAAGAGGACGACUUUGUGGUUGGCUUCUGGAAUCCGUCGGAGGAGAACUGUGGAGCCGAGCUGGGGAAGCAGUCUAUCUCGUACGACCUUCACACGGAGCAGUGCAUCGCUGACAAGAGCAUCGCCGACUGUGUGGAGGCGCUGCUGGGCUGCUACCUGACCAGCUGUGGAGAGAGAGCGGCUCAGAUGUUCCUCUGCUCCCUGGGUCUCAAGGUGUUGCCGUUGGAGAGAGGGACCUUGACGAGUGCAGAGGGGCAGAGCCGGCACACAGCUGUCGACCAGUGCUAUGGCUGGCUGAAGAUCCCUCCACGCUGCAUGCUGGACCAUCCGGAUGCAGAGCGGACCCUCAACCACCUCAUCUCUGGCUUUGAGAACUUUGAAAAGAAGAUCAACUAUACCUUUCAGAACAAGGCUUACCUGCUGCAGGCCUUCACCCAUGCCUCAUACCAUUACAACACCAUCACAGAUUGUUACCAGCGGCUGGAGUUCCUCGGAGAUGCAAUUCUAGACUACCUCAUAACAAAGCACCUUUAUGAAGACCCACGGCAGCACUCCCCUGGCGUGCUGACGGACCUGCGCUCUGCUCUCGUCAACAACACCAUCUUUGCCUCUCUGGCCGUCAAGUACGACUACCACAAGUACUUCAAGGCAAUCUCGCCUGAGCUGUUCCAUGUCAUCGACGACUUUGUGCAGUUUCAGCUAGAGAAGAACGAGAUGCAGGGCAUGGACUCUGAGCUGCGCCGCUCUGAAGAAGACGAGGAGAAAGAGGAAGACAUUGAGGUCCCGAAGGCCAUGGGGGACAUCUUUGAGUCUUUAGCUGGAGCGAUCUACAUGGACAGCAGGAUGUCCCUGGAGACUGUGUGGCAGGUUUAUUAUCCAAUGAUGAGGCCUCUCAUAGAGAAAUUUUCUGCCAAUGUGCCACGCUCUCCUGUGAGGGAGCUGCUGGAGAUGGAACCAGAAACUGCCAAGUUCAGCCCUGCAGAGAGGACGUACGACGGGAAAGUCCGGGUAACAGUGGAGGUCGUCGGUAAGGGCAAGUUCAAAGGAGUUGGCCGCAGCUACCGGAUUGCCAAGUCGGCAGCGGCACGUCGAGCUCUGCGCAGCCUCAAAGCCAAUCAACCUCAGGUCCAAAACAACUGAGCUCAGCAUUAGCACCUAAGCUAGAGACGCUAACGGAGAAAAAGCAACGUCGGCUUCCCAAAACCCAGCGUGACGCUCGCCAUGGAGAUGCAGACGCCAGAGAAGCAGACUGAUCUCUCAACAGAUUUCACAUCCCAUCUCCUACCUUUUUUCUUUUUAAUCCCUUUUUUUUGCGCAAACACAAUCUUUCCUUUCCCUCUCUGCUUGUGUUAUCACGAGUGCUUUAUUAACGUUUAGCUAAGUGUUAAAAAAAAAGGUCAGGUGGCGGCGUCUACCCCUCACUGUUUGUGAUUUGUUUUAACCUCGGUGUCAGUGAGGCGAUGCUUCUGCUUAUCAUUAAUAGACUGUACAUAGUUCAAUCAACGGUGUAAACCAGAGUAUGUGGGAAGAAAAGAAACAAAAACGCUAAACUCCUCAGCCUGUGCACUAGUGCCAGUCAGUUUUAACGGCAGACGUGGCGAACGGAUACCACUGGAGCAACAAAAGAGAACCUGGUGGCACCUCUGCCUUGAAAAGGUAUUCUGAAUCAUUUUUGCACUUCUUCCAUUAGGGUCUGUUACUUUGACACCAAAAUCAUCUACGUAGCAAAGUCUCUAAAUAAAUCUCUAAGAAGAAUCCAUGAGGCUCGCCCUCAUAUCCUGUCUCAACAUUCCCAGUUACUGUAAUUUAAACUCCUUUUUUUAACCACAUGGAGGUUGCUUGCAUGUUGUUGUAGCUUCUGUGUAACCAUGACGACUGGACAGCUUCUGUAAAUGUUAGAAUCUACGGAUAUCCUCUCUAUCCACAUCAAAUGUUUAUGGCAUUAUCUCCACCAGUCAGUUUGGAUUCAAAGAGCCGAUGAAAACGUCUUUCAGCCAAUCAUCCAGUUUUGAUAUAAAAAAGAGAGACAUAUCACACUUUGGAUAAAUGCUGCAGACUUUUCUACCAAUCCCACGUGCAGAAUCGAGUGUUCCUGACAUCCUACCAAAGCUAUGACCCAUGUGACAGGUUGAAGAAGUCGAUUCCUAAGGAGAAGGAUACCAGCCUUUUAUUGCUAAAUGUCUUUGUUUCUCAUCAAUAAGCCCUUUUUUCACCUGAAUACCUCAGUUAAUUGCAUGCAUUUUUCUUGUCUUUAUUAUUUUUUCUUUUUGUUUGGUGCUAUGUUUUUGUAUUAAGCUUGAAUUUCUCAUCUUUUUUGCACUGUAACUAUAAUACCUCUUUAUUUGACCUUUUUUAAUUUUAAUUUUUGGAAAUCUGUUUGGUUUGGUUGUCCUUUUGGUCGGCCAUCAGGCUGUAGAAGGGAGCUGCGUUGGCGUUUUUCCCCCCUCCCGUACUUGAGGUUGACACUUUUUUGGGGAGGGGGAGGGGGGCAGGAAGUCUACUCCUCUGCACAGAACUGUUGGUUUUUUUUUCUCAUUAGCUUUGAGUUUCAUCAGUGAAGAAUCUGGUUUUAGUGUUCUGGUUCAAAGAAACCAGACUCACUGAUCAGAUGGGUCUGUGCUUGUAGACGUCAUCAGAUUGCACUCUUUUCAACAUGGAGGUAAAAGAAAACAAAAAAAAAACCCCCAAAAAACAGAAGAAGCUUAUUUUAGGAAUUUGAAACCUUAUUGAAAAGGUUAUCAAACUGGAGUCUUCUCUCCAGCUUCUUCUAACAGACCAAAUACAUGCUGCUAAAGUUCACUGGUGGCUCUAAAGGCCCUUUUCUAUGUUUCCCCCAUUCUGUGUUUACAGCGCCCCCUAGCCCCCAACACAAGAAGACAAGCCUUCAAGCUCCCAGUACCUGUAAAUAAAAUAUAAAUAAAGCUAUGGUCCUUAGCUGAAAGUUUUGGCAAAAUAAAUCCCUUAAAUAAAGUGUCCACUGCAGAUUUUCAUGCUUUGAGCAUCUCCAGGGACAGUUGGAGUUGUUGUUUUAGGGAUCCCAGUUACCCGGACAUAAUGUGAACAUUUAGAGCUGUUCUGUUUCUGCCUCGUUAGAAAAAAAAAAAAAAAUCUUCUCACUUCAAACCAGUGGUUCCCAACCAUCAGCUCUAUGACGACAAUAUGUGACCAAAGCAGGAUUUAUUUAAAGUGCGGUUGGAGCUCAGACUUUAUGAAACAAAGAGAUAAAUCCAACAGGAUUUACAUAAUCAAACUAAUAAGCUGGCCCAUUAUUGAGGCUGAUAUUUUAGCGGUACUGGAAAUGUAUUUUACAGAUAAUCAAUAAGGUCAAUGAAUCCAAAAGUCAUGUACUUUGGUUCCACUGCAAAAUUAGUCUCCCCCUCUGGCUUUACUUUCACCCUUCACAGCCUCACCACAUUUCCUGUAGACAACACCAUCUGAUUGGCUAGCUGUCACAUGAGUAGUAGCCAAUCAGAGCUCAAUCCUGGGUGCCACUGAGACAGUGAGGGUCUGGCAUGUCCUCCAGUGUUCCUGAUAGAGCUAGGGCUAAAUUCUUUAUUUUCCUUGAUCAGUGCCUAGCAAAUAACAGUCAUUGCCCUUGUAAGCGACUAAUAAUCUGUAUCUGUGAAUUCAUAGUUUUCAAGGAUAGCUUGUAUUAAAAUUCUCUCUUUGCUUAAUCUGACGAUCAUUUUUGUAGCCUGCUAACAGCUUACCACCACUAAGGUCUCAGACCAUUUUUAUAUUUAUCUUCCAAUCAUAACUAGCUAUAGCUAGCUAUAAAAUUAUAUAAAAACAAUAGGAACUCAGUAAAAAUGUUAAUAAUGAUCAAUCUCUGUCAAAAAGAGUGCAAUCUGAUGACAGAGUCACAGUCCAUAACACACAAAUUCCCACCCAGCUACUACACACUAACCACAGCAAGUCUCCACGUUAACGGGGGGCGGGGCUACUAACACAGAAUGUGAAUCACUCGUACAGCGCCACGCUCGCUCUGUGACUGAAAGUAAGCAUCAGAAAUAAUUGAACCCGGCUUUAAACACCACGACGGUCUCUGGUUUUGUUUUUGUUUUUUAAGGAGGGGGGUGCAGGAGAGAGGAGUGUUUCUCAGAGCGGUUUUCUCGUACAGGCGGAUUGACUUUUUCAUUUUGUUCCUUUCUUUUUUGUACAUGUAGCACAAUGAGCAUUGCACUUGGGCGCCAUACUUUACCUCAUGUCAGAGUGUGAAAGGGAGUGAACGAUGGAGGAAACAGAAUUAAAAAAGUGUAUAUAUGAAAUGUUAAAGAGGACUAACUGGUGGUUCAGUCUCUGCUGCCGGUGUUUGACGAAUCGAGUUUCAAAUACAGACUAGAGGAGGGGCUGUGGGAGGAAAGUUCAUCAGCAGACUAGAGAAAACCUGGACGAAUUCAGGACUAGCUACGCUCUAGAUGACUUUAUGACCCACCACCAAUGAUCAGAGGACAAAUUUAAGAUCAAUAAUUUGGCCAAAUAACUCAAGUUUUUAGUCAAAAAUGACUAUUUUAAUGUUCCCUGUCAAACAAAGGAAGACUAGCUUCAUGAUCGUAGCCUAAGCAUUCUGGAGGUUUCACGUUUGUAAGACUGACUCUGAUGGACGGACUGCUCUGGGCAGGGCUGUCCUGUCUGUGGUUUAACUGAGAAUCGUCUUUGUGUGGCCGGCCUAACAUGCCCAUAAAUGACUUAAAUGACCCUUGAAUAACUGACUGACUACUUUGGUAUCAUGACCAUAUAAUCCUAAAAACACAGUUUCGCAUCACAGUCGGAGCUGUGUUCGUCAGUCCUUCCACAGCCCUUUAUUCAAGCUUGAAGGAAAAAUCCACCCAAUAUUGUUCUUGUGCUUUGGAGCCAAAUCAGGCUUGAAACAAGAUUUUAAAACAUUUGAAGACAGUAGAGCAAAUUGUUCUCACCCCAUUGGCAGAUAUUUACAGUAAAGCUGCCCUAGUUAGCUUCUCUGGUCUUGAAAUGAGACGUUUCCGUGUUCUUGUGAAUAGAUGUAGAUAUUUUUGACACUUGCUUUUAUUUGAGAUUGUGCAGCAUUAGUCAAAAAGAAAUGGCUCAUUUUAAACACAACAAACAGCAGGGAGAGCAGCAACUUCUGUUUUCUGAGGUAGAAUGAUAAAAACAAGAACUUCGACAGUUCAUCCUGUCAGUUUUAAUCUGAUCACUCGAAGCCUUAACAGCAGCUUCAACAGCUGCAGGCUCAAUCAAGUGGAGAAAGUCAAACAGUUUUACCAUCUUUAAUUCUUUUAGACAUAAUUUACUAAACUUUGAUGUCCCAAAAGGGACCAUGAAAUAAUUGAAUGGCUCUGCUAAGAUUUCUCCAUUUUAAUAGGCAGAAACUGGGCCCAGGUACAGCUCAUUAAACUGAACACAGAUGAAGUGAAUAAACCAUUCUACCUAUGGGCAUCUUUGACUAAAUCUCUGCCUUUUUGGAAUAGAAAUGUUGCUUGCCAAAGAGUAUUAAUGUGCAUGUUUGCCCUGAUUUUUGUUCUUAAUCAAGUUUAAUGUUGAAUCAUCUUGAUGAGUUUAUUCUAAGAAGAAAUGUUAGAUGUUCAAAAGUUCUGUGAUGGAUAUUUCAACCAGGUAUCUGACCGACCCAAUAAUGAAGACUUCCAGCACCAUUUCAAACACUGCAAGUUUUUUUGGGUGGAUUUUUCCUUUAAGCUCGGGGAAAAACUUGUGAUCAAUGUGAACGGUGGAUUAAAUCCCCUUUGUUUAACAGUGGCAGCAUGAAAUGAGCACAUAAAUCCAGCUCAGAGCCCUCAGAGUGGGCCAACACCAGCAGAGUGGAGCUGAACGUGUCAUUGGGUGAUGGACUGAUGAUGUCAGUGCGGUGAAUUUUGGGCCAUCAUAACCUGCAGCGAGCGUGUAAGGGACAUUGGAAAAGAAACUCCUCAAUCAUACUGUAAUACCGAGCUGCAGUGGUUUGCGGUCUGCACCUUAUGGAUCACAGAUACCUUUAAUUUUGUUUGUUUGGAUUCUUUUCUUUUUUUUUUUAUAAUUGUAGCCCAGUAUAUCGACAAUAAAGUAAUGGUAUGAUCAUCA